AUGCUUCCAGACAUUACUGGAAAAAACAAAGUUGAUCGACUUCCUGUCAUAGCGACAGAUCUCAACGUAGAACAGCUUUUAGGGGUUCCGGAACUUUUAACAGGAACCGGACGUGAAGUGUCCUUAGCGGUGUAUAAUAUGUUAACAGAGUGGUCACUAUUAAAUAAAGUUCAGGCUUUUGUUUUUGAUACAACUGCUAGCAAUACAGGUCGAUUAAAUGGUGCAUGUCAUCUGUUGGAACAAAAACAACAAAAAUUGGAGCCUGAUAUAUUAAAUUUGGCAUGCCCUCAUUACGUUUAUGAAAUUUUACUGCAGGGAGUUUUUAAUGAAACAAGUUUUGCCUAG